GUGAGGGCUGGCCACCAGGGUCUCCCUUCCUGAUCUAGUGGGGAGAUACCCUCACCUAUGGAGAUUUCCUUAUAAAUGUAAACAUCUCCUACAUAGGGCAACUUCUACUUGCUUUUCAGAACUUCACCUGUAUCUGCAGCUUCUUAAAAAUAGUCAUUUUAAAAGAAAAAGAAAGAAAGAAAGAAAACUAGCCAGUUUAAAAUAUAAUCAUCAGGCCAAAGAGGCUUAUUUUGGGGUGGUAUAUUUUACUCCCCUUCAGCUUCCAGCUAGAGAGGCAAAAUACCAUCUCUGCCCAAAAGGCCUUUAUAGUCUAGUGGGGGAGGCUGGCAGAUCCAUAACUUAGUGCACUACGGCAAAGUGGGAGGAAGCAAAGGUUUUAACCUAAAAGGUAUAUAUGGAGGAGGCUGCCUUGUUAGGUGGUGAGUUCCCCAUCACCAGAAGUGUUCAAGAGGAGGAUGGUGAGGGAUGCCAUAGAAGGGAUUCUUGCACUGUGUGUGUAUGGGCAUGUGUUGGAGGCAGAUGCAGAGCAUUUAGGCUCCUUCUGAUGCUGACAUCUGUGAUUCUGUGACAUUCUCCACCUAGAGAAAGUUUGUCUGUGGCCCCGCUGGGUGUGACGGCUCCCUCCUUGCCUGCCCCCUCCAGUCAGACCAUGAGACACGGAUGGUUCUUCCUCAUUUCUGUGCCCCUACCAUCCUCACCACCCUCAUUCUGCCCAGUGUGCCAUGUUCCCAGGGUAGACUUUGUGUGGAAUUGAAUAGACCCUGUCGUGGGCCACUUGAGGAAUGCAGGACGGUCAAGCAAGUCUGCUGCUCUGGCUGAGGCGUGAAGCUAUAAGACACCUGCAAACAGAGACUCAAGUACAUGCUCCUGAGUGAGGGGGCUGCUGGGAGAAGUCCCAGAAGGCUGAGGCUACCGAAUGUCCCGGAAGGCUCCUUGGACAGCUGGGGUUUGAACUGGAAACAGCAUGUAUACGCACCUCCCCCAGAGCGGCUCUCCGUUCCCAGCCUCGGUGCAGGAUCCUGGCCUACACGUAUGGCGGGUGGAGAAGCUGAAGCCAGUGCCGGUGGCACGUGAGAAUCAGGGCAUCUUCUUCUCGGGGGACUCCUACCUAGUGCUGCACAACGGCCCGGAGGAGCUCUCCCACCUGCACCUGUGGAUAGGCCAGCAGUCAUCCCGGGAUGAGCAGGGGGCCUGUGCCGUGCUAGCCGUGCAUCUCAACACCCUGCUCGGGGAGCGACCCGUGCAGCACCGAGAGGUGCAGGGCAACGAGUCCGACCUCUUCAUGAGCUACUUCCCGCGUGGCCUCAAGUACCAGGAAGGUGGAGUGGAGUCAGCGUUUCACAAGACCUCUCCGGGGGCCACUCCAGCUGCCAUCAAGAAACUGUACCAGGUGAAGGGGAAGAAGAACAUCCGUGCCACCGAGCGGCCGCUGAGCUGGGACAGCUUCAACACCGGGGACUGCUUCAUCCUGGACUUGGGCCAGAACAUCUUCGCCUGGUGUGGUGGAAAAUCCAACAUCCUGGAGCGCAAUAAGGCACGAGACCUGGCCCUGGCCAUCAGGGACAGUGAGCGACAGGGCAAGGCCCAGGUGGAGAUUGUCACUGAUGGGGAAGAGCCUGCUGAGAUGAUCCAGGUCCUGGGCCCCAAGCCUGCUCUGAAGGAGGGGAACCCUGAGGAAGACCUGACAGCUGACCGGACAAACGCCCAGGCCGCGGCUCUGUAUAAGGUCUCCGACGCCACUGGACAGAUGAACCUGACCAAGGUGGCCGACUCCAGUCCCUUUGCCCUCGAGCUGCUGCUGUCUGAUGACUGCUUCGUGCUGGACAAUGGGCUCUGUGGCAAGAUCUACAUUUGGAAGGGGCGAAAAGCUAACGAGAAGGAGCGGCAGGCAGCUCUCCAGGUGGCGGAGGACUUCAUCUCUCGCAUGCGCUAUGCCCCCAACACUCAGGUGGAGAUUCUGCCUCAGGGCCGCGAGAGUCCCAUCUUCAAGCAAUUCUUCAAGGACUGGAAAUGAGGGUGGGCGUCUCCCUGCCCCCGGCCUCCUGCCCGCUUUCUCCUGCUCUGGCUGCCUGGUCAGUGCUGAGGUGCCCCCGAGGACGUUCAAUAAAGGAGACAAGUGCCUCCCCA